AUGUCAUCAGAACGUCGUUGGGAUCAACGCCGCUUUCGGCUCGAGGAGUCGACAACCCUCAACGACGGCAAGCGCACUAUCUUCAUCGAAACCAUGACUCCGGGAACUACUGUGCCGCCCCACUUCCAUACACGCUUCUCAGAAACAUUCGACCUCAUCGAAGGGUCAAUCUCUGUCUACAAGAGCACUGAUCCCAACUUAGACGCCCUAGAAGCCUCCGCUCAGUCACUAGAAGUGGGCAAGCCGCAGACUGUCACACCAAACCUCUUUCACAAGUACCUUGUCAAUGAUGAUGGAGGCGCUGUCUUGCGAGUAAUCCUUGAACCAGGCGACGCGGACUUUGAGAGGCUGCUGAAGAUCAUGAAUGGCCUUGACGCGGAUGGAAAGCUGGCGAAGAUGGGAGAUAGCUUGGUGCUCAUGGCAGUUGUUAUGGAGCUUAGCGACGCUCACCUUGUUGGUCCUGCGAAGGGUAUGUUGGAUGGCGUGAGAAGGGAUAAUAAGGACGAGAUUGAAAAGCUCAAGGCUGAGCUGUUGACGGCAUAUGACACUGAAGAAGCACUGCAGGGGCUACUCCAAGGGCAGUAG